AUGAUGAUGGUUUUCUUGUGCCUUUCCCCUCUCGUUAGGUGAAGGAGCUGGUGCUGGAUAACUGCCGUUCUGACGAUGGCAAGAUCGUCGGCCUUUCCUCCGACUUUGAGAACCUGGAGUUCCUUAGCAUGAUCAACGUCAACCUGCUGUCGGUCUCCAACCUCCCCAAGCUCAACAAACUUCGCAAGCUGGAGCUGAGUGAUAACCGGAUCUCCGGAGGCCUGGAAGUGCUAGCAGAGAGGACCCCUAACCUGACGCACUUGAACUUGAGUGGCAACAAGAUCAAGGACAUCAAUACCCUGGAGCCACUGAAAAAAUUGCCGAACCUGCAUAGCCUGGACCUCUUCAACUGCGAAGUGACAAUGCUGAUCAACUAUCGGGAGAGCGUGUUUGCCCUUCUGCCCCAGCUCACCUACUUGGAUGGGUUUGAUGUGGAUGACCAGGAGGCCCCUGACUCGGACCCUGAAGCAGAUGGUGAUGGGCUGGAUGAUGAGUAUGAGGAGAAUGGCGAUGAAGGUGAGGAAGAUGAUGACGACGAGGAAGAUGAAUUGGAUGAAGAAGUGAUUGAUGAUGAAGAGGAGGAUGACGAUGACUUGGAUGCUGAAGAGGAGGAGGAUGGUGUAGACGAUGAGGAGGAAGAGGAUGAUGAGGAUGGGGAGGAUGAAGAGGAGGAUGAAGGUGAUGAGGCAGAGCUUCCGCAGGGAGAGAAGAGAAAACGAGAGCUAGAGGAUGAGGGAGAGGAAGAUCUGGAAGAUGAAGACGAUGAGGACGACGACUGAUAAUCCUAGCGAGCCAAUCAGUUUUACGGACUAUGACUGUGCUUGUCCCUAACCUCCCUGUUAAGUCCAUGUGAGACUGUAAAUCCCCGUCUCCCAGCCCCUCCCCUCUGUCUGGCUGCAGCAUCCACAAUAUAUUUUUUUAAGACUUAGAAUACCCUAGGCAUUCAGGAGAAUCCUUCCAUACAAGCUCACUUUCUCACAAACAUCUCAUGACCAAAGGCUUCCUCCGUUCUGUGGUUCGUGCUGCAUUUUGCAAAAAAA